CUUAUACUUCAUGCAUUCUUCAUACUCUGAAGUGGUAAAAGCAUAGGUUCAAUGACAAUCAUGAUUUUGCUUCUCAUCAUGGCAAGGUUUAUGGUUGCUGGAGCUUUGUGUCCUGUUAAAUGUGACUGUUCAACAAAAUAUCUACUUUAUUGCAAAGAUAAAUCCAUUACUGACAUUGCCAAAUUAGCCAUUCCUGACAAUUUUUCGUUUGUACAUAUAAGUGACACUCAAGCCAUGGAACUAACAGAUGACAGUUUUCAGCAAAUGCCUGUUACUUUACGGCUCUCCUUGGAAGACAACCAGCUCUCCACAAUAACCCCAGGGGCUUUUGAAGACUUUCCGCUAUUGAAAUCUCUCAGACUUUCGAACAAUGCUUUGCGUUUUCUACCUCCUAGAGUAUUCCAUACACUAACUGAUCUAGAACAGUUGUUCUUAGAUAGAAAUUUAUUGGUGCACCUGGAUCCACAUAUAUUUAAGAACCUAACAAAUCUAACAGAGCUUGCCUUAAACAGAAAUCGGCUUGUGGAAUUGUCUCAUCAGUUAUUAGCUCAUCAAGUAAAUCUGAAAGUUUUAGAUUUAUCUAGAAAUAAACUGUCUUAUUUGCCCAAAGAUGUUUUUAGCUCUCUGCAUAAAUUAAAAAUCCUCACAAUUUAUGAAAACCUUUUGACAGAGAUAACACCCUUGCUGUUGCAUAAUCUAACUGAACUAGUCAAGCUUAGUCUUUAUUCAAAUGUAAUUAAACUAAUUGAUAAAGACGCUUUUUACCAUGUCCCAAAACUUAGGGAAUUGGCCUUGCAUAAAAAUCGCCUUCAGACACUGGCUGAUGGAUUAUUUCUUUAUGUUAAUAAAUUGCAAGCAUUGUCACUUUAUAAUAAUCCAUUAAUUGAACUUCCUAAUGUACUGUUUGGUAAGAUGGACCUUCUCAAGUUACUGUGGCUCUAUAACACAUCCCUUUCAACAAUCCCAAAUUUUAUCUUCAGUAAUUUAACUAAUCUAGAGAUCCUUAUCCUAACAAGAAACCGAAAUCUUCAUGGUCUUCCAUCAUAUAGUUUUAGUGGUUUGCACAAACUUCUGGAAUUGUCUUUGCAUACAAAUAACAUUACCUUUCUUCCUGAAGAAGUCUUCAAGGAUCUACCAAGCCUGAAAAUUCUUUCCUUGUACAGUAAUAAUUUUGAUAGUCUCUCGGAAAAUGUUUUUAAACAUUUGGUAAAUCUUGAAACACUUUAUUUAAAUAACAGUAACAUAACGACACUGCCAGAGAACAUUUUCACCUUGUUACCAAAACUUCAAAGAGUUCAUCUUGAUGGUAAUCCCUGGAUAUGUGAUUGCAGACUUAGGCAGUUCAAGUGGUGGCUCAUGGAGAAUGUGGAGAAGGUAUACAACUAUACCUCUGUUGUUUGUCAGAGUCCUUCAAAUCUGGCAGAAAUACCUGUAUUAGAAGCUGAUGAACUGGUAUGUCCCUAUACUAUAAUUAACAAGUUAGAUUACUAUGUGUCAACUCCUGCCAUUUCAUGGCAUGAUAUUACCAGUAUGUCAACUCCUGGCGAGGAGAUGAACUCGACUGUAACAGAUUAUGUUGUGGAUAAAACAGAUGCCUCUGUGACUGAUCCUUCCUUAGACUCACAUUUAUCCAAGAGUACAAGUCCAUCUUUACUGAACAAUAUGGGAACAGAGACAGUUAGAAUGUUAUUGGAUAAUGCUUCACAUAAAUUAAAUAUUUAUGGAAAAAUCAUUUACUAUGUUACUUUGUUCAAUUUAGCAAUGCAAACAUUUUAUAUUCUUGUAACAUGCUUAACCUUGCUGAAAAUUAGGAAACUCUAUAAAUACUUUCGAACAUUUAAUGAGCCUGUAAUAUUAGUUCGGAUGUUAAUUCCACUGAGCACUCUCUAUCCAGACACAAAGUGUUAAGUAUUAUGCACCCUUUUAAGCAAGUUCAAACAAUAUUGUUAUUAAUAUGGGCUGGAAUAUUUGUUCAUGAAACUUUAUAUGGUGGCAGAACAAUGUUUAUCCUGCUUUUGAGUUGGUGUGUCUCAUGUAUCUUCAAUAAAGCUGGAACAAGUUUUUACUUGG